AUGUCUCGUCACUUACCUUUCAAACAAGUGGACGUCUUCACAACUGUCCCCUACAAGGGCAACCCUGUCGCCGUGAUCAAUUGCAUGGGGAUCGAUGAAUCUGAAGUCACGAAGGAACAGUUACAAUCUGUCGCCAAUUGGACCAACUUAUCGGAAACAACUUUCCUGUUCAAGCCCACCGAUGGCAAGAGCGACUACAAGUUGCGCAUUUUCACUCCAGUGAGUGAGCUACCCUUUGCUGGCCACCCGACCGUCGGAUCAUGUAAAGCGUUCCUCGAGUUUACAAACCAGAGCGAGUCACAGGAAACCAGGACUUUCCACCAGCAGUGCGGUGUUGGUAGUGUCGAGUUGACCGUCUCCCCGGGGAAGAUCUCCUUCAAAGCAGCGCAGACUGCAAUUGAGGAGCUCGACGAUGCCGUUGUGGCCCAGUACGAAGCUGCGCUGGGUAUCAGUACUGUGGCUAAACCCAAGUUGCUGAGAGUCGGGCCCAAUUGGGUCGUCCUUCUAACAGAUGACGCCCAAGCCUGCUACAAUGCCAACCCUGAUUUCGCGAAGUUGGCAGAGAUUGACGCCUCACACGGUCACUCUGGGGUCAUCCUCGGCGGGGCCAAGGGUGACGGGGAGCACAGCUACGAGAUGAGGGCAUUUGCACCAUCGCUAAACGUCAAGGAGGACCCAGUAUGUGGGUCCGGUGCGUUAUCAUUCAUCAGAUACUUGCAAGAACUGAACGGCUACUCUGAACCGACGGAGAUUAGCAUCAGCCAAGGUGGUAGACUGGGCCGGAAUGGCCAAAUCAGCGGCCUCAUUAAAACCAAAUCUGGUACCACUACCACUUACCACAUUGGUGGAGACGCUGUGACUGCCAUUGAGGGCCAGAUACUGCUGUAA